UUCUGGCUGGAUUUAAAGAAACGCCAUUGCAAGUUUUCACACUCUCAGUUUAGUUUUCACAGUCUCUCAGCGCUGUGCAGAGACAUGGACAACAGUGCUCAAGGCGGUAAAGCAUAUGGUCUUCUCAAGGCUCAACAGGAAGAAAAACUGAACUCUGUCAAUGAGGCUUUUCUCUCAGAUCCCAAAUAUGCAGAAGAGGAAGACAUUGCGUCAAAGCUUGAAAUGUUUAAAAACAAAUACAUGGAGUUUGAUCUUAACGACAAAGGAGAAAUAGACAUAAUGGGGUUAAAACGGAUGCUGGAAAAACUCGGACUGGCUAAGACUCACCUGGAGCUGAAAAAGAUGAUGUCUGAGGUGGUUGGAGGAUCAUCGAAAGACACUAUCAGCUACAAUGACUUCCUGAAUAUGAUGCUGGGAAAAAGAAAUGCAAUAUUGAAACUGAUCUUGAUGUUUGAAGGCAUGGGAAAGGAACAGGAGCAGAAAGAUGCUGGACCACCUGGCCGCAAAACCUUUUCAGACCUGCCCUGAAAGAGCUUUCCAUCCCUUUUUUCAGAUUUAAACAUCACCUUAAGGCUUUAAACUUCAUGUCAGAAGGGAAAAGUCAAACAUGUUGUCAAAAGUGUAAUUUUUGUGAAUUAAUGGAAUUUAAAUAAAAUGUUUGUCCAUUCUA